GUAGUACAAAGAAUUUGUUUCCGUCAUGACACCCCAUCAAACUGAGAUGCAACAAAGCAUGCUGAAAGUAAAUUCAUGUCUCACAAAAGAGUGCAACUAGAGCAUAAAGUGACUGGUUUGUGUUUUACAGCAGAUGUUAGAGGAGACCAGAACUUUUGCACAAACAGUGUUUGAAGCAUACAUAUACACGUAUUAUUUUACUACUUUGUCUUUGCUGCCAUCAGGCUUUACCAUGCUGCGAGCCUUUAGUCACACAAAUGGUAGGUGUGCGUUCCAUCAUGCUAAGUGUUGGCAUCAUCGUAAGUCUGUGCUGGCAAUCAGGAGAGAAGAUGUCAACGCAUGGGAAAGAAGAGCACCUCUAGCACCAAAGCAUGUUAAGGAAUUGACACAGAUGGGAUACAAGGUCUUGGUGCAGCCAUCAAACCGGAGAGCCAUCCAUGAAAAGGAUUACAUCAAAGCAGGUGGCAUUAUUCAAGAAGAUAUUUCCGAGGCUUCUCUGAUAGUAGGUGUGAAGAGACCUCCAGAGGACAAAUUAAUACCUAAAAAAAACUAUGCCUUCUUCUCUCACACUAUUAAAGCCCAAGAGGCAAACAUGGCCCUUUUGGAUGAGAUUCUAAGACAGGAAAUUCGACUGUUUGACUAUGAAAAAAUGGUUGAUCAUAAAGGAAUGCGAGUUGUGGCCUUUGGAAAGUGGGCUGGUGUAGCAGGAAUGAUCAACAUUCUACAUGGAUUGGGAUUACGAUUUUUAGCCCUGGGACAUCACACUCCGUUCAUGCACAUUGGAAUGGCGCAUAAUUACAGGAAUAGCAGUCAGGCUGUGCAGGCAGUACGGGAUGCCGGGUAUGAAAUUUCACUGGGAUUGAUGCCAAAGUCCGUUGGGCCUUUAACAUUUGUGUUUACAGGCACUGGUAAUGUUUCUAAGGGUGCCCAAGAAAUGUUCAAUGCCCUCCCAUGUGAGUUUGUGGAACCACAUGAGUUAAAGGAAGUUUCCAGAUCUGGAGACCUCAGAAAAGUCUAUGGGACAGUGUUAAGUCGUCACCAUCAUCUUGUAAGGAAACAUGAUGGACUAUAUGAUCCAGUAGACUAUGAUAAACAUCCAGAACUUUACACUUCUCGCUUUAACACUGAUAUUGCACCCUACACAACUUGUUUAAUUAAUGGCAUAUACUGGGAACAACAUACUCCUCGCUUGUUAAGUCGACAGGAUGCUCAGAAGCUGCUAGUACCAAUUCAAUCUGCUGCUGGUGCAACGGAGGGCUGUCCUGAGUUACCACACAAACUUCUGGCAAUAUGUGACAUUUCAGCAGACACUGGAGGAUCUAUAGAAUUUAUGACGGAGUGUACAACAAUUGACAGUCCAUUUUGUAUGUAUGAUGCUGACCAGCAUAUUAUUCAUGACAGUGUUGAAGGCUCUGGGAUUCUGAUGUGUUCCAUUGACAAUCUGCCAGCACAGCUUCCUAUAGAAGCAACAGAGUACUUUGGCGAUAUGCUUUUCCCAUAUAUUGAAGAGAUGCUGUUAUCAGAAGGCUCAGAACCUCUUGAAGGCCAGAAUUACUCAUCUGUUGUUCGAGAUGCAGUGAUUGCAUCCAAUGGCUCACUGACAGCUAAGUAUGAAUAUAUCCAGAAAUUGAGGGAGAGCAGGGAAUAUGCUCAGUCACUGAAGAUGGGUAAUAAGAAGAGGGUUUUAUUGCUCGGAUCUGGCUAUGUUUCUGGCCCUGUACUUGAAUAUCUCACUAGAGAUCCCAGCGUUGACAUCACAAUUGCAUCUGUCAUGAAGGAACAACUUGAACAACUGACGAAAAAAUACAGCAACGUUACUUCAGUUCAUAUGGAUGUCAUGAAGCAUGAGGAAAAGCUGUCCUCCUUGGUGAAGAAACACGACCUUGUAAUCAGUUUGCUGCCAUAUUCAGCACAUCCCUUGGUUGCUAAGAAAUGUAUUGACAGCAAAGUGAACUUGGUAACAGCCAGCUACUUAACACCAGCUAUGAAAGAACUCCAGGAGAGUGUAGAAGCUGCUGGUAUUACAGUUAUCAGCGAAAUGGGUUUGGAUCCUGGUCUUGACCAUAUGUUGGCAAUGGAAUGUAUUGACAAGGCAAAAGAAGUUGGUGCUACGGUUGUCUCCUACACUUCUUUCUGUGGUGGUCUACCAGCUCCAGAGCACUCUGACAAUCCUCUGAGAUACAAGUUCAGCUGGAGCCCACAAGGAGUGUUGCUGAAUACGGUUCAGUCUGCUACAUAUUUAAAAAAUGGAGAGAUUAUCAAUAUUCCAGCCGGAGGAGCAUUACUUGAUUCUGUUACUCCGAUGGAUUUUUUCCCAGGAUUAAAUCUCGAAGGGUUUCCAAACAGAGACAGUACCAAAUAUGCUGAGCCAUAUGGUAUUCAGACAGCUCACACUUUGUUGAGAGGAACCUUAAGAUACAAAGGAUACUCCAAAACUAUGGGAGGCUUUGUAAAACUAGGAUUAAUUAACCCAGAUCCUUAUCCCUUGCUAAGCUCAAUUAUGCCACCUCUAACCUGGAAAGAGCUCAUGUGCAAACUGGUUGGAAUUAAGCCACCUGCUGAGUACCAUGUUCUUAAAGAAGCUGUAUUUAGCAAACUGGAAAAGGAUGAAAGUCAGCUAGAGGCAGUGGAAUGGCUAGGUUUAUUGGGAGAUGAACCAGUUCCAGCAGCAGAUUCAAUUGUGGGGGCUCUUGCAAAGCACAUGGAGAUGAAGUUGCCCUUUGGCACUGGAGAGAGAGAUAUGAUUGUUAUGAGAAAUGAAAUAGGUCUCAGGCAUCCUUCUGGUCAUUUGGAAAAUAAAUUUAUUGAUCUGGUUGUCUAUGGUGAUAACAAAGGAUAUUCUGCGAUGGCUAAAACAGUAGGAUACCCCACGGCUAUUGCUGCUAAGAUGGUUCUAGAUGGUGAAAUAGAUGCCAAAGGUAUGGUUAUACCAUUGACGAAGAACGUUUACGGACCAAUACUUGAACGUGUUCGUGCAGAAGGCAUUGUGUACAGUACUCACAGCGUUAUCAAACAGUAACUGGAAGCAGGGGAUUGAAUUGGGUUUCGGCUUUGGGUGUCGUCGUGUCCCUCCCCACCUAUCUCCCCUUAAGAAUCUCGAAUUGGACCAGCUAAAGCAGCACCUGCCUUUUCGCACACAAACGAUGCCUUCCAUAAAACUGGUGGCCUGACUUUGAUGAUGGAACUGUAGAUACCCAGAUGCAUGAAUUGUGGUAUUUUCCUCUGAAAAGAGUUAUGCUUUCAUGUACAUGUCUCAGCAUCAAUCAGGUCUUUCCUUCUAUCUUUGCUGAAAUAUCUUGGAAGGGGAUUUUUUUUUUUUAAUUAAUAGAGUUUAUAUUCUAAGUGUAUAGGGUUAUUAUUCAGACAAAUUUAAGCUGAAAGAAAAAUCGAUUGGUGAAUGAAUUCCAUUGAUUAAGCUUGAUUGUUCACGUAGUAAAAAUAAUUUCUCAGAAUAACAGAAAUGAAAGUGAUAGUUUAAUUUUAAGUCCCAUUAUCCCUUUCCUUUUAACAGUAUUUGUGAAUGUUUUCACAAUAAUAUAUGCAAGAAAUAGUUUAGAAAUUCUGCACUACUAGCAAACAAGAUCCUGUUAAAUCUUGAAAAUGUUCAGUUGUUAAAUAUUUGAAAUCUGGAUCUUAAUAUUUUUGAAAUCCUUCUCUUAUGAAUGUAAACUUAAAUUAAUUGGAAGAGGGAGGAGGUUUGAAGCAAGCCUCUCCCCCCAUAUCCCUUCCCGUUCCAGAGUGGAAGCUGGUUGCCAUACGUUGAAGUACCUGCUGUUACGUGUUGCCUUCUGAUGCAAAGAGCACAUCAGCCUUUGGCUCUGCAGCUAGGAAAGGCAUUCUGAAAUACAACACCGUUAAUGUCAUUUGGAGCAGCUUCUAAGCACGUUUACUCUUUCCACUUACACUGCGUGCCUGGUCCAGGUUAAGUACUGUUACAAAGGGAAUAAGCAGCUGUGAAAUGCAGUAGGCUUAGAGGUUUAAAUCACUACUUUUUGAGUUAGCUUCUGUCCUUUUGCUAUCACGCUUUUGAAGAGUUCAUUUGGGAGCCUAUCCACGCUACUCACUACAGUGCCACUUUAGACUGAUGAGAGUUUGCCAGCGUACCAGCUCAUUUGAUGCCCAGUGCUGUGUUGUACAGACGUGCCAGCCUGGCUCUAGCAGCGGUUUAGCCACAUCAGCCAGAAUUGAACUUUAGCCUGAGUGCAGCUUCUCUCUGACAAAACAGCAGUUGCUUCCUUCCAGCUCAGGGCUGCUUCUGUGGCUUUUGCUCAGGGAUUUCUGCACCACCUUGCAAUGCAAGCAUGGCUUAGGCUUCACCAGUUAGGGCUGUGAGAUGCAAUGCUGUGGGCACGUACCAUUUGCACUGGUACCUGUGCAACUGUCUGGAGCUCCCCUUUUCUAAAGCUGAAUACCGGUGCUGGAAGCUUUCUGCUUUCAGCUUUGCUAACAAGCGCACUUUGCUGAUAAACGCACAGCUUUUUGCUUCCUGAGAAGCACAGUGCUAUUAUCAUAGUCCCAAGGAGCUGGAAUUCCAGGUGUUGCUUUGCCCGGUAGGAAAAGCAGCCAUAACAAUAGCUGAAGUUUUGAUCUCCAAGUCUUGCUACUCAGGAGUUGGAUUUUCUUUGUGCAUAUGUAAUGAAGUAGCAACUGCAACAAAGAGGAGGGUGAAAGGAGCCAAAGGGAGAAGGAAGAAUGAAGGGCAGAGUAUUACUGUCAAAGAGGAGGGCUUUUUAUACUGAACCACUGAAUGCUUUUGUACUGUCACAUUUGAGUUCUGUUACAGGGCCGUGCAUGUUCUGAGCAUCGGAUGAAAUCCUGGCUCCACGAAGCUGCUUUGCUUCCCACUGGCCGUACAAGCUGCGGGUCUGGUGUGUGGCUGGUACGUGCAGCUGGGGUAAGGAUGGAGCCUGCAAUGGAUGUUCUGCUCUCUGCUGCCUCCUCCUUCCCCUGGUAGAUUAAAGGCCUACAACUAAGGGUUAAAAUUAGACUUGUAUCUGCUGGUCCUUUCCAGUCCAGCUUGGUGAGACCAGGAUUUCACUCCAGAAUGCUCUGUUCCCUCCUUUACCCCACAAAUACACAACCGUGGAGUUGUGAUUCUGUAUAUAUGCAUGCACCUUGCUUGUUUCUGCCUAGAAAAUGCAUUAUGCAAAGAAAAUUUGAAUUUUUAAAAAGUAUGUAAUCUCUUUGGAGCACAAAAAGAAUGAGCACUACAGAGUGUUUUCUUCAAGAAACACUGCUACUAUUUUUGAAACACUUUGUAUCAGAAUAUAUUUCUGUUUCCCAGUGCAAUGCUGCUUUUUGUUUUCUAUGUUUAGACUUCAAUGAAUUUAUUGCUCAGCUUUUGUAUGAAGAUUAGACUUCUCAGUUCUCUCUGCAUAUUACUGGAAAGAUAAUUGUAUCUUAUAUUGAAAAAUAAAUCUGAAAACCUG